UCUUGUGAGGAAAGAGAUGUAAGACGUUGAAAUCAGGGAGUACAACGUAUAAAAUAAAUACACACAAUUGUAGCUGCAUUUUACUGACACCGCUAUGUCACGUGACAUUACGCCACUGAGUCACCUGACGUUAGGUCCGUAGCUUAUUACAAGCGUAGUUAUUGUAAGCCAAACCAUGACACUUUUUCUGAUCCUAACCAAGUAGUUGUGUUGCCUAAGCCUAAAAAACGAUGUUAUAAUGUGCAAUAUGUCUAUGCACCAAUCAGAGUUUGAAUCCAAACAUUUGAAUCCAAACAUACUGACAGUUGGUUGUUUGCUCACGUUGCCGGCACUGCCCGUCAAAUCUGAUCACAUCAACACAGUCCAGAUUAAGCCCAUUAACUCUCAAAUUAUAAGAGUGGUCCUCUCAAACUUUAUGUUAUGUUAUCAUGUUAUGAUAAUGGGAAAAUAUAUGUUUUAGUCAUUGUUUCUAAUGUGCACAGGGCAGGAUGGAACUGCAAGAGAUUUUUCAAAAACAAACAAACUUGAACUCCUCCGAUUUUGCGCCUAACGCCAAUUCUGUAUUUGAAAACAAAACAAAUGAGGAAGGGAAUCUAGUAAAUAGGACGCGUUUUAUGUAACAAGGGGUUUAUGAGUAUUUUUGUUUUUUUUGGACCUAAAAGUACCGAACCUGAGCACUGGCCGAGCAAAUACCAGUGAAUCUGUGAAAGCGAAAGUAGUCUGACAGCCACGUGAGACAUCAACAGAAUGGCUGCUAACGUAUCGCCGUCAGAAAUGGAUUAUACCUGCCCUGUGUGCUGCGAUAUAUUUAAGGAUCCUGUUAUGUUGCUGUGCGGUCACAGCUUCUGUAAGCACUGUCUUCAGGAGUGGUGGAGACAGAGUGGACAACAGACGUGCCCGGUCUGUAAGCAAAUGUUUCCAAUGGCUCAGCCUACACGUAAUCUGGCACUGAGAGACGUUUCUGAGGCCUUGAGGCGGGAGAAGAUUCAGAGAGCUAACUCAAGAUCUACGGAGAUCUGCAGACUGCAUGGUGAGAAACUCAAGCUCUUCUGUCAGGACGAUCGACAGCUCAUCUGUGUGAUUUGUAGGGAUGAACAAAAACACAAGAAACACAACAUCGUCCCCAUCGACGAAGCAGUGGAACCCUGUAAGGCCCCGCUCAAGCUUAAGAUGAUGCAUUUAAAAACCAAACUGGGGAAAUUUAAAGCACAAAAAUCCAAGUGUGACAAAAUUGCCGGCCACAUCAAGCUGCAGGCUCAGCAGACUGAGAAGACAAUCAAAGAGGAGUUUCAGAAGCUCUACCAGUUCCUGCAGGCAGAGGAGGCUGCUAGGAUGGAUGCAGUGAGGAAGGAGGCAAAGUUCAAGAGUGUAGCAAUGGCCAUCAGGAUUGUGAAUUUGACUGCAGAGAUCUCCUCCCUCACAGACAAAAUCAAAGCCAUAGAGACUGAGAUGAAAGCUGAGGACAUUUCAUUUAUGAUGAAUGUCAAAUCCACCAUGGAGCGAUCCCAAUGCAACCUACCAGACCCAGAGACUCCAUCAGGAGCCCUGAUCGAUGAGGCCAAACAUGUGGGGAACCUGCUGUUCACAGUCUGGAAGAAGAUGAAGGACAUAAUCCAAUACACUCCUGUAACUCUGGACCCGAACACUAGCGGCUCACAAUUGAUCAUAUCAGAACACAUGACCCGUUCAACAGAAAGCAGCAAGGAGCAGCCGCUUCCUGAAAACCCAGAAAGGCUGAGCAGCCUUGAAGUUCUUGGCUAUGGAGGCUUUAGCUCUGGAAAACACAGCUGGGAGGUGGAGGUGGGGGGUGAUUGGAAAGUUGGUGUUGUUGCUAGAACCAAGGACCUACUCUCUAAAAGGAUCUGGGCCGCCACGUGGUCUGCUGGUCCUGCUCCAAUGCUUUGUGAAAGUGAUAAUCUUGUAUCCAGAGAUCCACUUCCCCAAAAGGUCAGCGUGCAGCUCGAUUAUGACCAAGGAAUAAUAUCGUUUUUUGAACUCGACAGGAAAACACUCGCACACACCAUCAAAUACACUUUCACAGAAACGGUAUUUCCAUAUUUCCAUAACAAUGCAAAACUCCUUCCAGCUGAAUUUUAAAUGAGGAUAAGAAAACCCAGAUAAACAUUCAGCAUUACUGCAGAGGACUAACAACAAGAUGAGGCCUUAUUUUGGGACCUGUAGCGUUAACAAUAUGACUCUGAAUUCAGUAUACUAAUAAACUUGGUCUAUCUCUUCUAUCUCUGUAUCUUUUAUACACGUCAUGUGGUCGACCAAAGAAAUGUGAACUGUAAUUGUUAUCAAUCAUCACAGAUGGUUUUCCUGGUUCCAAUUUGGUUUAGUCCGCCUUAAAGGGAGUGUGAGCAACCCCACAUUUUGUAAAAUAAAGCCAAUGUUUUUUAAUCUGGCAUUCUCUCUACUGGCCAGCAGGGGCGGCUCCUCUGGUAAAUCAGAUUGUAUAGAAAUCGAUGACAAAAUGACCCUACUUCUCACUUUUAUUAUCUAUCACUGCAGUAAACAUAAGUGUUUGUUCUUAUUCGUUAGUUUAAUAUCUUCUUAAAUAUAUCACGUGUUAUAAAGAAUCACUUCAACGUUGUAGUAGCAUUAACAAAUUCAGCCGCAACCAUCUGUUCAUCCACUUUGUAAGCUGCUUGUGCUGGAGAAAGUGUGUUGGGAGCUGGAGCCUAGCAUGCAUUUGACUUUGCAUGUCUAUCCAGUUCUAUAACAGGGCUAACACUUGUAAACAAACACAUUCACACCAAAGGGCAAUUUAGAGCUUCCAGUUCAAUAUAAUGUGUUUGGACUGCAGAAGGAACCGAAAGCACACAGAGAUGGGAGAAAGCAUGCAAACUACACACAAAUGGGCGGCAAUACUGUGAGCCACACGAUCACACAAGUCAUUUUCACACUUCUUCUCAAGGGACGAAUGUUAUCAGAAGGACUCAGGAUUCAAAUUUAGGUUUUCAGACCGCUAUUAAGCUUCAAUGAUUAUGUACGCAAUGGCAGUGUCAUGUCACGUAGAUCAUUUUCAUGCGACAAGGAGAGAAUUUUCUCCGGAAUAAUUUCGGGAUUCAUUGUAAUCUUUUUAUGUUGCAGAAGCGUAGGCUGUGGAAAAGCACUGUGCGAUAAUGCAGUCUGGGAGACGAAACAAUAAUCAGGGAGCUUUGUAGGGAAAUGUGCCUUGGGUGAAGAAGCUAAUACUCACUGAGGACCGAUGAAGAUUCUGAGUUGCUGAGAAAGCUAAUUACUCUCAUAAUUAUUCCGUGCAUGUGUGAAUGUGUGCGUGUUGAAGUGUGUGUGUGUGUGUGUGUGUGUGUGUGUGUGUGUGUGUGUGUGUGUAUAGGUGUGUGGUUGUGUCUGUGUGUGCGAGAUUAAUCAUUAUAGGGAGUCUUAUCUGUCUCACAGCUCCUUGAAUGUGUCAGACAGAUUCUUGUCAGACACACACAUGAACAACACACAUAGAUGGACACACAAAAGUAAAGAUUACAAUUUGUGUCAAUAGUUAGCCCUCACAACUGGAAAAUAUACCAAAUACCACAAUAAUUUCAGAUAAUCUGACCAUAAACUAACACUCAGGAGAUCUGUUCUUUUACAGACCAGACUGCAGUUUCUGGCUUCUGGUGAGAAUUGUUCAUGUGCUCACAUGCUCAUCGGACGAGCCUGCGCCUUAUGAAUAACAUAUCUGAAUUUUUAAAUUGAACUGCUGCAGCUUGAUAGGCAGCACGCUGACAAGGUUAGAGGCUCGAUUUCCUCUUGCGUUCAAAGGGUCAAGCAUGGCAGGAACUCUGCUGAGACUGUUUGACUGCAGCAUGAAUCAGCAGGAAACCGUUACCGUUCACACCAGGCCCUUCUUCCACAAAGGGAUCUGCACACAGAAGGAGCACAUCGAGUACAGGCAUCCUCUCCGCAUUGUCUGACUGAACAACUACAAUGAACCGAAUGAUCAUAAAAUGCCACAGUAUUGCAGCAGACUGCUGAUAGACAAAGAAGAUCGUCUGCCGUCCCGUUGUGUGGUGUAAUCACGAUUUCACAUGAAUGCAUUAAGAGGAUUAAGGGAGAAGUGGGAAAACUCACAGGCAAGAAGUUGUGGUUUAUUAUGAAUUGUGUCGUCUUUAACUGCAACAGAAUGAAAAGCAGAAGACAGGUAUGUGAGGACAGAUACAUUGAUCCAGAGAUUUGAGUGGAAAUCAAUGAUAAAUUGGGGCUAUGCUUUCUGUCUAUUGACAAUAGAGCCAGUAGCCGCUUAGCUUAGCUUAGCAUAAAGACAGGAAACAGGGGGAAACAGCUAGCCUUGCUCUGUUCAAAGUUAAAUAUGCCUACUAGCGCCUCUGACUAACUUGAGUAAUAUUUUGUUUUUUUCAAUCUGUACAAAAAACAAAAUAAAAAAAAUGUUUUUAAGGUGAGUUACGUGCUAAAAGCCAAGAAAUAGUUAAAGUAUGUAAAACCAAAUAACUUGUUAAUCAGUGAGCUUUUAGAGGUGCUGGUAGGCAAAAAAAAAAAAGUAUGUUUGGAAAUAGCCUGGCUAGCUAUUUGCACCUGCUUCUAGUCUUUCUGCUAAGCUAAGCUAACCCUCUUACGUCGUCUCAACCCACAGCGUUGAAUUUAGCAUCUGAUGGAAAACCUUUUUGGCAAAAUGUCAAAAUAUUCUUUUAAAAGGUGAGUUACAGCAUUAUAUCCACUAUACUCAUUAUAAUGAGAUUUAAAGAUAUGAUAACACAACAUCUCCAUACAUAUUGCAUUUGCAUUGUGUUUUAAUAGAGGCAUACACAAACUAGUUAGUUUAAUUGCCUGACUGGGUUUGGCUUCCACGUCAUGUUUGGACUUACAUCCCUGCUUCUUGCAGGCUUACGGCAUUCCUAAAGCAACUUUCAUCUCUGCAGUGUGCUGCCACUUCCUUUAGGAAUGCCGUAAGCCUGCAAGA